AUGAAACCUUCCAUUAAAAUUGAAAAGAAUAAUGCUGGAAAGCCUCCUUACUCCUAUGCCAUGUUGAUACGAUAUGCUAUUGAAACUAGCCCACAAAGAAAAAUGACCUUGAGUGACAUCUACGCCUGGAUCCUAGAACGUUACCCUUGGUUUGAGUCCGCAGGCACAGGAUGGAAAAACUCAAUUCGCCACAAUCUCAGUCUCAACAAGAGCUUCGUAAGGGUCCCUCGUCCUAUCAACGAGCCCGGUAAAGGCAGUUACUGGACAGUGGAU